AUGAACGCAAAGUUUUGGAAUGACGAGCCUGCUGUUUGGGUGGCGCCUGCGCUGGGCGUUGCGGACCAGCCGUGGUUGGGCUUGUGGCUUGGGGUCAGGCGUGAGCUAGGCAUUGACGGCAUUGAACCUCCGUUACCAACACCUUCGGUCGAUGGAACGGCCAGUCAGGCCGGUGUGUCUACGGCGGAGAUUAGUGCAUGGUUGCGUUUGGUUUUGCCCAGAGACGCCGAGCCUCUAUCUGCCCACUCGCUGAAGAGAACUCUCCUUUCUUAUGCAAAUAAGCGGGGCCUUGGUAAUACGGACAAGUUGAUACUUGGACACCAUUGCCACCAGGGAAAAAUGGCCGAUGUCUAUGGUGAUGACUAUGCGGCAAGACCUCUCCGGUUGCUGGAGGCCUUGUUGUCCGACAUCCGUGACGGAUCCUUUGAUCCUGAUGCAUCACGUGCCGGCCGGUUCACCGGAUUGUCCGAAGCUGAGCUUAAGUCUUCUCCUAAGGCAGCUGAAGUUGUCGAGGAUGACGGUGCUGGGGUUGAGUCCGCUGAUGGGGAGGAGUCUGCAUUGUGCUCGUUCGAACGAGUGUCGGAUCAACCGGGCAUGGAUGCUGCACCUAUAGCAGGACCUUUGCUUGAACAACCUGAUGCAGGGGAGCUCUGUGAACCGGAGGGUUCGGCGGACGUGGAUGCCCUACAGUCCAGCAGCUCUUCCGACUCAGAUUCAUCAUUGUCUUCAACGAGUGACGUCUUGACAGACACGGAUCACCAGGACGCAUCUCGUGUGAUAGGGAUCCCAACGCCAGCAGCGGGGACCCGGUUUUUGGUGCAUAGCAACACAAAAAUGUUGCAUAUGAUUGCCGAUGGCAACUUCAAGGUCAUGCUCUGUGGUCGGAUGGUGCAGGAAGUGCAUCAGGCGGCUACGGACGUCCGUUUUGAUUCUUCGGAUCGUAGUGGCUUUAGCACCAUGGCACUUGUGGACAGCAAAGCGAGCUUCUUGCAACGUUGCACCGAUGUGGGUGCUGCCGACAUUCACACCAGCUUGAAGGGAGAGGGCGUGGAAACCUUCGCACAGUUGGCAUAUGCCUGUGGCACUCCAAAGGAGCCGCCAAGCCAAGCUGCCUUUGACACCUUUGCAACCAAGGUCUUAGGUGCAAAUCCGAAGUUGGGUGACGUUGGGAUGCUUAAGCGGCUCAUGUUUGAGGCGUCCACCUUUGUGGUGGCGGCUCUUCGCCAGAGCGUCAUGGGAGACACUGAGACGCCACGUAAGCUGCCUGUAGCUGAGAAGGCUGCGCGUGCAAUGGCGCAGAAACAGCGGCUCAGUGGCCUUCUCAUUGAACGUGACAUGGUGCCUAGCUAUGCCUUGGUGGACCUUUGCGCGCACAUGUGUGACACGAACACAGUCACUUGGAUUAGCCCUGGGAAGUGCACGUCCCGUGAAUCCGAAAUUCAG